CGAGAGACGGGUUAAGGAGGAGGGCUUGGGGGUCCACCACCCACCCCGUCCAGGAAGUCUAGCAGUUGGACCCCAUUCCGGCUCUGUGAGUCGGCUGAGGAAGGCAGGGCUGCAGAGAGCCAGAGAAGGCCCCGAGAAGAGCAGACACCAGGGCUUACUCGGAGCCUCCAGUCCGGGCCUCAGCCCAGGCGCCAGCUUCUCUGUGCUCCUGAGGAGAGGCAGCACCAUGCUGGGCCCUCACCUCCCACCCCCGCCCCUGGGGCCCAGCGAAGGCAAGUCCUCCCCCUGCACAUUUGGGCUUCCUGACGGGAGCUACAGGUGUCUGGCCUUGGAAGCCGAGGAGAGCGGCGGCGAGGAGGGCCUACAGGGAGAGGCGGGGCUCACGGACUUGGAGGAAAACGAAGUGGCCAGAAGGAGUGAGGACAACGCCUGCAGAGCCACCCAAGGGGCACCACAGCUUCCCAGAGCCCGGGGCAUCCAGUCACCCAGGUGCUCCAGGGAGGUACGAGGGGGUUCCCAGCAUGACAACAGAGCCAGCCAGGACUGGGACACGGUGAAGGCCCAGCAGGUGAUGACAGCCAGCCUCAGCCCCAGCCCUGGGCCCAGGGUUGCCCAGAAACCAGCGCUGGGCCGGAGCACUAGCCUCACCGAGAAGGAUCUAAAAGAGGCCAAGGCGAGGAGCCAGCAGAUCGCAGCCCAGCUGACCACCCCUCCCAGCUCCAACUCCCGCGGCGUCCAGCUCUUCAACAGGCGCCGGCAGAGGGUGAACGAGUUCACCUUGGAGAGCCGCGGCCAGAGGGGACAGAAGCCCAGCCAGGAGUCCCUCAGGGUGCCCCCCGCCAGCCCCACAGGCCAUGCCCCAGGGCUCAGCCUGAGUCCCACCUCACUCCCUGAACCAGGCCCUCCGAGAAACCCCGCCUGCCAGAGCGCUGACACAGGGGUCCCUGGUCACAGCAUGGAGGGCUCCUCAGAGGAAGCCAGCUUGCUGCGGCACCUGGAGAAAGUGGCCAGUGAGGAAGAGGAGGUACCACUGGUGGUUUAUUUAAAGGAGAACGCGGCCCUGCUGACGGCCAAUGGGCUCCACCUGUCCCAGAACCGAGAAGCCCAGCAGAGCCCCCCAACUCCACCUCCGGCGGAGGUCCACAGCCCAGCCACAGAUGCCAGCCAAAACCUUCCCUCGCCCGGCGCCACGGUCAUCACUCCACCUUCCAACAGCAACCACAACCCGCCAGCCACAGAUGUCGAUCAGAACCCACCCGCAACUGUCACCCCGCAGAGCCUGCCACUGUCCAGCGUCCAACAGAAUUCUUCAGAGGCACAGCUCCCGCCGAAGGGUGCAGUGCCAGAUUUCAAACCCAGCACCCCGUGUGCUGGUGGGCAACCCCAGGAGCCAGCUGCGGAGGUGAGAUCCAGCACCCUACUAAUUGAUAAGGUAUCAGCUCCACCUACCACCACCAGCACCUUCUCCAGAGAAGUUACUCCCAUCUCCAGCUCCAGGCCCCCAGCCCCAGAUUUCAUGUCCAGCUCCCUGCUCAUUGAUGUCCAGCUUGGUGCCCCAGUGGUGUCCACGGAACAAGAGAUGUCCGGGCGGGCAGCUGCCACCACGCCCAUCAAACUGUACAGCGAGGUCCACCUCACGCUGGCCAAGCCCCCAUCUGUGGUCAACAGGACGGCCAGGCCCUUUGGGAUUCAGGCGCCAGGCGGCACCAGCCAGAUGGAACGAAGCCCCAUGGUAGAGAGACGACAUCUUGGAGAGAAGGGUCCCGCUCCCCGGCCCCCCAGCGUGGCAGACAGGAGCCCUCGGCCACAGAGACACGUCAUGUCCCAUAGCCCCAUGCUGGAGAGGAGGCCCGUGGCACAGCGAAGCCCCGCCUUGGAGAGACGCCCCUUGGGGAACUUCACCCCACCCCCAACCUAUGCCGAGACCUUGUCCACGGCCCCCCUGGCUUCCCGGGUUAGGUCUCCCCCCUCUUACUCUGCCCUGUACCCCAGCUCCGACCCCAAGCCGUCUCAUCUAAAGGGCCAGGCAGUUCCUGCCAGCAAGACGGGCAUUUUGGAGGAGUCGAUAGCCCGCAGGGGCAGCCGGAAAUCCAUGUUCACCUUCGUGGAGAAGCCCAAGGUGACCCCGAAUCCAGACCUGCUGGAUCUGGUACAGACAGCAGACGAGAAGCGGAGGCAGAGGGACCAGGGGGAGAUGGGCGUGGAGGAGGAGCCCUUCGCGCUGGGGGCCGAGGCCUCCAACUUCCAGCAGGAGCCCGCCCCCCGGGACAGGGCCAGCCCCGCAGGGGCCGAGGAGAUUGUCCCCGAGUGGGCCUCAUGCCUCAAGUCACCGCGCAUCCAGGCCAAGCCCAAGCCCAAACCCAACCAGAACCUCUCCGAGGCCUCUGGGAAGGGGGCUGAGCUCUACGCCCGCCGCCAGUCCCGCAUGGAGAAGUACGUCAUCGAGUCUUCGGGCCACGCGGAACGGGCCCGCUGCCCUUCACCCACUAUGUCCCUGCCUUCGUGCUGGAAGUACCCCACCAACGCGCCUGGCGGCUUCCGAGUGGCGUCCCGAAGCCCGGCUCGGACCCCACCUGCCUCCCUCUAUCAUGGCUACCUGCCUGAGAACGGGGUCCUGCGCCCAGAGCCCUCCAGGCAGCCACCCUGCCAGCUGCGGCCCUCGCUCUUUGUCCUCUCACCCAUCAAGGAACCUGCCAAGUCCUCGCCCACGGCCGCCCCGCCUGCCAAGCCGAGCUCCCUGGACCUGGCGCCCAGCCUGCCCAAGGCGGCCCUCCCACCGUCGCCUGCCCUGCCUCGGCCCUCCCGCUCCUCCCCAGGCCUCUACACCUCCCCUGGCCAGGAUGGCCUCCGGCCCGCUGCCGUGAGCCCUACCUACAGCAGUGAUGUCUCGCCCGUGUCUCCCUCCAGGGCGUGGUCUCCCCGAGCCAAGCAAGCCCCCAGGCCCUCCUUCUCCACCCGGAAUGCCGGGAUCGAGGCUCAGGACCGCCGAGAGAACCUGCCCACCUCCCCGCCCUGGACGCCGGGCGCGUCCCGGCCCCCCAGCAGCCUGGACGGCUGGGUGAGCCCGGGGCCGUGGGAGCCGGGCCGCGGGAGCAGCUUGAGCAGCCCCCCGCCGCUGCCGCCGCCGCCGCCGCCGCCGCCCAUGUCCCCCUCUUGGAGCGAGCGCUCCGUAUCCCCUCUGCGACCUGAGACCGAGGCGCGGCCCCCCAGCCGCCAGCUGCAGGCGCUCCUGGCGCGAAACAUCAUCAACGCGGCCCGGCGCAAGAGCGCCUCCCCGCGGCCGGCGGGAGCUGAGAGCCUUCGGCCCUUCUCCCCGCCAAGAGCGCUGCCACCGCCGCCACCGCCGCCGCCGCCGCCGCCGCCGCCGCGCAUGCGCUCGCCCCUGCCGGCCCGACCCGGCCAGGCCGCGGACCCCGGGGCAACGUUCGCUCCCAUCCCCCGGAGCCCACUGCCCGCCGGGCCCUCGCCCUGCGCCAGUCCCCGGAGCCCGCUGCCCGCGCCGCCCAGGCCCUUCCCCUACCGCCGCUCGCCCACGGACUCCGAUGUGUCCCUCGACUCCGAGGACUCUGGGGCUAAGUCGCCCGGCAUCCUCGGCUACAACAUCUGUCCCCGCGGGUGGAACGGCAGCCUGAGGCUCAAGCGUGGCAGCCUACCCACGGAGGCCUCCUGCACCACCUAAAGGCUUCCCCGCCCACACCCCAUCCCUGCCCCAGGAGAGCCGAGCCAGAAGAAGUGUCGUUGGGCUUGGGAGAUCCCAGCACCAUGUCCCCAAGGGUCUGACCUCUUCUAUAGCCCCAGAGAUAAGGGGUCAGGGGAGGAGAGCUCUGGGCUUGGGGGUGGGGUGGUGAUCCAAGCUUGGGUUCUAGCCCUUGCUCUGUCAUUCAGUCAUUGUGGGAAAGACCCUUCCUCUGCUCCUCAGCUUUCCCAUCUGUUUAAUAGAGCUUUGGCCAAGGCAAUCUCCAAACUUCGAAAUUACCCCUUCUAUCAGUACACACACACUAGUGCCUUGGAAGAGGCAGGGUGUUGUAUGUAUGGACCCCUAGACUUGCUGCAUUGCAGGGUUCCAUACUCUUUCCCCCCCUUCCUGGCUCUGAUCUCUGGAGUCUGGUAAAUGAGGGGUGUGUUCAGAGGAUCCUACGCCUGAGUUCCUUGUCCAGGCCCUGGCUUGACCCUCCGCCUCCCUGGCACCAAGUCCCAGGCAGGAGCAGCUGUUUUCCAUCCCUUCCCAGACAAGCUCUGUUUUUACCAUGGUGACCUUUAGAGAGGGUCUCCCAGGCCAGCUAAAGGUGCCCUGCUGGCUUCUCUGGAGAGUCUCUCUCUCUGGAGAGAAGAGGAGGGAAGAUUCCUCCUCUCAGAUCCCUCUCAGGCUUUUCUCCAUCCCAAUUCAGGCUUCCCAGGGUCUCCAGGAAUUAUGCUAUAGGUGUCUCCAACCCAUCUAUUCCUUCCGGGCCCUUUCACGGCAGGCUCUGCGCUCAAAGCUGAGCCGGGCAGAGAAGAGUUGAUACGGAGCUAUCUGCUAUCCUCUGGCUUUACCUGGUAGCCCUGAGUUUGAGGCUGCCCAUUUGGAAAGAGGGAGGCAAAGAGUUCUUUGUUAUGGGUGGUAUGCAAGCAGUGGCCAGGAUGCAUAGAGGAGAUUCUAGUAGGGAAUGGAUUGGCUCAGAUGACCUCUGGGGGCUCUUCCAGUCCUGAAAUGCAUUCCACAGUAUUAGGGAGGGAGGGAGAGUAGUGCUGGAGGAUUGGCUGGGGAGAUGAGCUUGGGUGGGUGAGUGAGGGGUUAGACCAGAGUCUGCCUGUGUUUCUGGUUCCUUAGGAAGUACUCCACUCUUCAGUUUCAGGCCCCAGCAUCCAUACUGUGCCCAGACGAGGGGGCCCUGUUCUGCCUCAUCUCUUUCCCAUCACACUCCGGCCUAGCCAGUGUCUGGUGCCCAGUGACCUUGGGGAGCCUGGCUGCAGGCUCUAGCCUGUCCCUUAGGCUGUAGUGACUCUGAUUCCAAUCCCCAGGAGGGACAUAGGGAGGAAUGUACCUCAGUCCUAUAGUUUCCAGAGUUGGCUGGUGGUGCCCUCUAGAGGUUCAGAAUAUCAGUUUCAGAAAACUAAGUUGGGGGGUGGGGGGGUGGGGGGGGCUGGAAUUGGCUGAGGAUCAAAGGUAUGUAUGUAAGUGAAAGGAUACCAGGAUGUUGCUAAAGGUGAGGGACAGAGGGUGAUUUUGGGGUUAAGAGGAGACUUACCCAUCCCUCAGGGUGAUUUAGACCUGGAACCCCUAAGUGAGGCUAGGGCAAGCUGGGGUUAGGAUGGGAGUCAGGGUGAGGGUGGGGUGCUUUGGAAUAAAGGACUGAUCCCAAAGGAUUCCCAGGGCCUAAAGAUUGGGAACAUAGGCCCUGUUGGUAGGAAGAUGAGAGGGUGCUCCAACUUGUCAGUGAUGAGUGAUCACAUUACUGAAGUCCCCACCUGCUUCAGGGACCCUUGUAGUGUGGGAGGCUGGGGCUAAGGGCCUCUUUCAGAGAAAAGACACUAUCAGGCCACUGGCUGAUGCAGUGGCAGAGAAAAUCCACUUCUACCUGCAUUUCCCCCAAAGAGCCAGCAGGAGGCAGCCUUGGGAAGCUGCAGUUCUGUCUGGCUGUUCUCUCCCUGUAACUGCCUUCUCCCCCAGUCCUCUCCUCUAACCCACUAGAAAUUUCCUGUGUCCUGCCUUUGGCCUCCUGUAGAAUUCAGCUCUGGCCCUCAAUAAAUGCUUCCUGCAUCUUUC